GCUUUGCAUGCCUGGCUAGGGGUCAGUUGUUGUAGAGGACUUACAAAGACAGCAAGUGAUAUGAGGGACUUUCUAUGUCUUACCAGCCUGUCUGAUUGCAAAUUACAGACACACACCAUUUCUAAUAUUUGUUAUGGGUUUCUGUAUUGUUAACUUUCUUAUUUUUGGGGGUGUCGUUGUUCAGAAGCCGAAGAUGGGUGCGCAUUCAAUCAGAGGGAAGAAGUCUCAGAAGAUCCCCUGCUGAUUUGAGAGAGGGAGAGCAGAUUACUGUGGAAUUUAAAACAUACAAUAAGAAUUAAGAGCCAUGAAUAGGGCUCUGCUUGUGAAUCACCUCCCAGAUCAGAGCAGCAGCUUCAGGAAAGACUCCCCACGUCCACCGGUUCCAGGAGAAGAAGGGAAGACAUCAUGCCAACUUCCAAGCUCUUCUGCCAUGAAAAGCCAAAGAUCAAAGCCCACAUCCACUUCAUCCCACCCCAGGCGGAAUGAGGAUGGUCUGGGCGAGCCUGAAGGCAGUGCCUCUCCGGAUUCCCCUUUGGCCAGAUGGACCAAGUCAUUGCAUUCCUUGUUGGGUGACCAAGAUGGAGCUCAUCUUUUUAGGACCUUUUUGGAAAGGGAAAAAUGUGUGGAUACUUUAGACUUUUGGUUUGCUUGUAAUGGAUUCAGACAGAUGGACCUUAAGGAUAACAAAACACCAAGAGUAGCCAAAGCUAUCUAUAAGAGAUAUAUAGAGAACUAUGGAAUUGUCUCUAAGCAGCUGAAGCUUGCUACCAAAGCCUACAUAAAAGACAGCAUCAAAAGACAGCACAUAGAUUCUGUCAUGUUUGACCAAGCCCAGACUGAGGUCCAGACAUUGAUGGAAGAGAAUGCCUAUCACAUGUUCUUGACCUCUGAUAUAUACCUUGAAUAUGUACGGAGUGGUUUUGAGAACACGGCCUAUUUUAACAAUAUAGGACCAGGGAGCUUAAAAGUGGAUAGUGGGUAUCUUCCAACUUUGAAUGAGGAGGAGGAAUGGAGCUGUGUGGACUUAAAACACAGAAAUUUGCCUUCUGUGGUGGGUUUGUCUAGCAAAGCCCUUAGGGUUACAGCAAGCCUAAGGGCAAAGGAGACAGUGGACAGCAAUUAUAGGUCAUGUAAGAAGAAUGAUCUUGUUAAUCCUUAUCACAUAAAUUUGGGGUACGUGUUGGCACCAACGACCAGCGCUAAUGAGAGUGAGAUCUCGAGCGAUGCCCUAACGGACGACUCCAUGUCUAUGACAGACAGUAGCGUGGAUGGAAUUCCUCCUUAUCGAGUGGGGAGCAAGAAACAAUUGCAGCGUGAAAUGCAUCGGAGCGUCAAAGCCAAUGGCCAGGUCUCCCUACCUCAUUUCCCAAGGACGCAUCGACUGCCCAAAGAGAUGACCCCGGUUGAUCCUGCAGUGUUUGCGGCAGAAUUAAUCUCCCGUCUGGAGAAAGUCAAACAGGAGCAAGAGACUAUGGACAACCUGGAGGAGCGACUACAGCAGAUCAAAGAGGAAGAGGAGAGAGAUGACUGUGAGUCCCCAAUGUGCUCCCAGCCUAGCCGCGAGUCCUCCAUCACACCACACCAUCCACUAAUCUUGUUGCCUUCAUGUGAAGAUGACCCUCAAGCCAUCCUCGAUGAUCACUUAUCCAGGGUCCUGAAGACCCCCGGAUGUCAGUCUCCAGGAGUCGGCAGACACAGCCCUCAUACCCACUCUCCAGACCGGUCUCGACCCCUGAGGCCUACCCCACAGUCAGUCCCUCCCUCGAUCCAAUGUGCUCUGCUUUCCAAGGGCUUUGUCACAAAGCAGACUACAAAACAUGUUCAUCACCACUAUAUCCACCAUCACACCAUGCCAAAGACCAAGGAGGAGAUUGAAGCAGAGGCUGCUCGCAGGGUGCAGUGCUUCUGCAGUGGUUCUACUGAAUACUGCUGUUAUGUGAAAACCAAAACUCAUGCCAAGGGCCUGGAUGUGCCUUUACUACACAUAGAACAUGGAGGUAGCAGGACCAGCACCUUAUCCCGGAGGGCAUGCAAGAUGGCAGAGUAUGCAGGGGAAGGAGGGGUGGAAACUGUUGUUUACCAAGUGCCCACUGAGGAGCAAAUGCAGACCACAUGGCAGCGAAUUGUGGAGUGCGAGAAUGAGAGGCAGAACAAGCACAAGCUGCACAGUUUGCAAUGUUCCAAAAAGACAAAUGCUUUUGAAUCCACCCGUGCAUCUUCUGCAGAGCGCCCCACACGCCAUCAUACACACGGGACAAGCACUUGUCACCCGCGUAAUCUGCAGCCCUCUCACUCUUUGGUACAGGACCCUACAAUGUCCUUGCCACCUAAUACACUUGCCCAGUUAGAAGAGGCCUGCAGAAGACUGGCUGAAGUGUCUAAACCUCCAAAACAAAGAUGUCCAGCAUCCAGUCAUCAAAGAAGUCACUCCCUUCCCAGCCAAGCAGUAUCUAGUCCUGUUACCUCAAUAUCCCCUGGGCCUGAAGAUCACAAAGAACCAAAGAGACAGCUGAAUGCACCGCUUGCAUCCUCUAGUGAACUUAUGGUCACAUACUUUUUCUGUGGGGAAGAAAUCCCAUAUAGGAGGAUGCUGAAAUCUCACAGCCUGACUCUAGGACACUUCAAAGAACAGUUGAGCAAAAAGGGAAACUAUAGAUAUUACUUUAAAAAAGUCAGCCAUGAAUUUGACUGCGGCGCAGUGUUUGAAGAGAUUCAGGAAGAUGACACUGUACUCCCCACCUAUGAAGGGAGAGUACUAGGAAAAGUGGAACGUAUUGACUGAGAGAGAGCAAUUGAACUCUCUGGAGUGCCACUUACAUUCCUCCCUAGAACCACAAGUCUCGCAAAAAGCCUGAAUCUGUUGCUUGCGCUUCACAAUCCUGUUUGUGGAACAUUUGGUUAUGUGACCUCUCUUAGGAGACUUCUGCACAGGUCAAACAUGACAGUGACAAGCUAUGCACAAGCAUCUCCCCGCUUUCCGCUGGGUACCAUUAUGAUGGGACCAGCUAUCAGCCAGGCUGGGUUUUCACUACAUUUGUGUUGGUGCAAGGAUUAUUAAAGCAACUUACCCCUUGGGAAUACUUUGAGAAGAUGUUCUUGGAAAAAACAAUGUCAUGAUCUCCAACAUCAUAUGUGAACUCUUUAGGCUAUUUAUUUAUAAUGAAAAAAAUACCACUAGACUACAGAUUGUAUCAGACACACAUAAUGACUUUCUAAUGAUUUAGCUAGGACUGGAUUUUUUAUUUUAUUAUUUUUUAUAUUUAUUAAAGUUCUAGGUCCACCGUCUGACCAUGCUGCUUUUAUACUUUUUUUUUUUUUUGGACGGGGGAAGAGAAACGAACUCAUUGUAUAUACACUCUGAAGAAUUAAGCUAGAUUGAAAGUGUAUUCAGUCAGUGAGUGGUGGUGGGGGGUGGGGGGAAUAUGAUUACACAUUUGCCAAACCUGGAUGUGAAAAUGAUUUGGGGAUCCCAUUGGUCUGUGGAAUUUUAUGCUGCUUGUUGAAAUUUGGCAAAUUGUUUUAGAAGCACUCUCUGUGGUUAUUUUGUUUCACGAUUUAAGGGGCUGUUUUUUUUAUGUACACCUCUUUUAAUAUUGAACUCUAUGUACCCAGCUUAAAAAAAAACAAAAAAACAUAUUAAAUACUAAUUUAUUAUUAUUAUUAUUAUUAUUUUGUAAUUAACAAAUUUGGAACUGGAGUGUUCUCUGAAAUAUGUCUAACAAAUAAGGCAAUAUUUGUCUUAUUAAAAAAAAAAAAGGCAUUGUGGGCAUUUAACACUUUGCUGCCCUAUGUUUUCGCACCACAGAAAAUGAAUAAAUUAAAGACACUUAUACAUUGGCAGCACAUUAUUGUACAUUCUAUAUUUAAUUUUUCAGAAUCUGGUAGAUGUAAGGCAUAAUUUAUAUUUUUGGACUUUUGCUGUUCACCAUAAUAUCAUAAUUACAUUUAACUUAUAUCUUCCUUUCACUUUGGAAAACCUUUAGUAAAUUAUGUCUCAGAGCCCUAACAAUUGUCUAUGCUUGCCGCUAAACUAUUUCUGCCUGCAUUAUUAAAAAUUAACUCCAGGAUCAUUUUAUAACUUAUAUGGUCAAUUUUUUUGUUCCCUUCUUAAUUUCAAGCUGUUUUUUUUUUUUUUCCCCCAAAUCACCCAGCUUCCUGUUCAGUGAUAUGACGCGUGCCAUCUAACUCAUUCAGUGAAUAUCCUAAUGUAAGCAAGAACGUACAAAAUAUAUAUAUUUUUUUCCUGAAACGUGAAACACUGAACAGAAAGUUAAAAACACCUUUAAAAAUGUGAAAGUCUUCACAAGGAAGCCAUUUUGUAGAUUAUAAUAUGUAAUAAAAUGGCCCUUUUAAUACAUACAGGUUGAUAAAAUUUAGUUCAGUUUUAGAAUUUACUGGUAGCAAGAGGCAAAUUCAUAAGUCAGCUAAUUAACUCACCUUGCUAGGAAGGGCAAAAUCAAAAUAACUUUGGUAGCAAUGAAGAAUGAUGCAGAAUUAUUUUUCAGGUUGUGGAAAAAGAGGCUCCUACCAUGACGUUUUUGUUGCUAGAGUGGAUCCUGUUUUUAAUAAAAGUGUGUUAAUGCACAAUAAGCUGUCACAUGAUUAACUGUUCUCUAACCUGCUGCUUUGUCGAAUUGGAAGUGUUAUUUGAUGCCUUGUCUCUCAAAGUACUUUGUAUUUUCCCUGUCUGGGUUGUAUAUGAAUUUAUUGUUCUGAAAAAAAUUGUAAUUACUUUGUACAAAAUCUCUGUAUAUAUUGUAAUGAAAUUACACUGUAUAGUGUUACAUUUUAUUAUAAGUAUAGUACCUGUGCCUCUAUGGUGAGAGAUCACCGUAAUGUCACCCUAUUUUGUAGGGUCAAAGCCUUCCCUUUUAUUUAAAGGGUUAAUGUAUAUCCUAUGCCUUUUUAAUGUCUUGUACUUAUGACUUUUUUGGCAUUUUGUUCAACUUAUACUGUAAAUUAUGCAUUAUAAAGAGUUUCAUUUAAAGAUAAAAUACAUGGUACACUAAUUAUUGUAAUUAAGAGAUGUAGCCUUUAUUAAAAUUUUAUAUUUUUCAAAUCAA